AUGCAAUCUCGCCUUCUCCCUUCAUCCUCUCGCGCUGGUCGCGAUAUGCAAUCCCUUCUCAAUCCUCUUCGUUCUCACAACUCCCGCAAUACUACCUCAGACUUAUCUCCCAAACCACCCAAGAAAGCUGCUUCGUUUCGCGCACUGUCAGUCUGUGAAAAUCGACCACCACUAUCUGGUCCAUUCUUCCCUUGCGGUUCAACUUAUCUGAGUGUUACCUUUCCGCCAGAUUCUCACCAAAACCAACCGGCUCGGGCAGACUCUACUAGGCGUAUAUCGUCGCGAAUUCGUUCUUCACUUUCUAAACCUCACGCUAAACCCUCGCCACUCGCAAGAGACACUUCAACGUCUACGCCUACGCCAACACAUUCUGAUGAUUAUUUGACCCCUCAACCUUCCGCUGUCGCCUGGCCUAUAGUCUCGAUGCUGCCCCGACCAAAAACGCGCCGAAAUUCGAUUACCGCCCGCUCUCGCCGCACCCCGUCGCUCUCGCAAUAUCCUCCUCUCCUGGUCAACUCGUCCCAGACCUCAUAUACGAUAAAGAUUUGUCUACCAACCACCAUUGCAGCAGAGAUGGUCACCAUAUGCACGCUCAAAGGAGACAAGCUACGCGUCGUUGCGGAUGCAUGGCAUCUCGAGUCUGAUUGCCAUUACGAGUGGGAGAUCGGAUUUCCUCCAAGAGAGGUUGAUAUGAGUAGCAUUUGUGCAAAGGUUGAGGAAACAGGCCUCGUUAUCAGGGCCUCUCGUCUAGAUACCACAUAA